ACUUCCAGGAACAGCAAAAAGUGGGUUGUGAUAGGAGUGGCGGCUGCCUGCCUUCUCACGCUGGCGCUAGGGACCUUUGUCGUCAUCAGCACGUUUCAGUUUGGUUCAGGAGGUGAUGGAGGUGAUGGAGGUGGUGGAGGUGGUGGGGGAGAUGACGGUUCAAAUGAUAACGGAUACGCUUACAACCCCACGAGCGUGCCUUCAAUCGAUCCUCCAAGUACUAUAGCAACAACCACGACGACGACGACCACCACCACCACCACAACUACGACGACGACGACGCCCAAACCGCCCCUUCCGGAGAAGACCAUCACUUGCGUUGUGUAUGUGGGUUUCUACAUGAAAUCCUUGCCACCGGAUGAUGUUCCGUGCGACAUCGUGUUAAUUUACGUAUGGACACUUUUCCCAAAUAUGCUCCCUUCAGGGAUGCAAAAGUUUCUUGAACAUGCUCGGGGUAGCCGACGGACGAAGCACGGGAUAGGCGUGGGCGAUGGUACUCACGAUCGUAUGUACAGAGAGUUGAGUUUCCCUAACGGCACGCAAGCGAUGCAGCAGUUCUGGAUGGAUAAGUUAACAGUGGUUUCCAGUUUUGAACUCUCCCUGCGGACGUCCACAGUUGAUGCUGAUAUAACCAUCAUCAUCAAUCUGCUGAAGAAAGUAGCUUCAGUCCAGCAAGAAUUCAGAAGAUACAGAGAAGACUACGGGUACAUUUUGUUCGGCGCCACGCCCCUAUUCGAAGGGAAGAAUGAUCGUGCUGUUAUGGACACAUUGACGACAAAGUUCCAGCGGGUCAUAAACGAGGUUAAACCUGAUUUGGUGCUCUACCAUACGGCCCUGCUACCAAGCUUGGGAGCAAGCUCCUUUUGCCAUCCAACUGGUAACACUGUGUGGGAAGACUCUACUAUGACCCACUAUCAGGCGUCAUUCGUUGAGGCCCUUGCAUUCAAGAAUCAUAUCAGCUUGCCGCCGGGAACAAGAGAGGCGCUGGCGUUUGAGGUGGGAGAUCGCACGAGUUCAUUGAAAAAUGACGAGUACAGCCGCGAUGAGCUAUCGAGGCCGCCGGUAUUAACAACCAACCACACGUGCUAUGACACUAUCAAGACACAACAUCUUGAACAUAUCUGCGUGGAUCCCAACGAUAACCAGUUCCACUGGUACCAUUGUGAUUCCACAUCAUGGGAUGUCAUCGACCAGAAGAGGGUGGUACGGGUGUUGCGUACAUACUCUGACACUAUAACUGUCUUUGACACACACCUUACAAUGAGGGUUAAGAUAUGCAAGGCAAGGAAGCAGGGCUUUCAGGGUGGCUAUGUCGUGUUCGCCGUGGAGGAUGUUUACGAAGCGAACAUUUGCCACGACACUUACGCCGACGGCUACAGGGAUAUUCGCCACAUCAGAGACUACCUGGACGAGAAUCUUUCUGUAUGCCCAUCGCUGGAAAAUUGGAGGAAACGCCCCGGCGACUGCCCAUGAAAUACACUCUGGCUCCGACGAUCAUUUUUGACAGCUUCUCAUACGUAACACGAUCGGAACCCUUGGAGGGAAAUUGGAAUGGCUGCAGAAAUCACAUCAGCCUGUGUGCUCACAAUGACCGCUUGCGAGAUAAUAAUUCCUAGGAUUGAUGCUAAAAUGAGCACGCUUUCUGUAUCGAUUUCCAAAACAAUGUUUUUCAAUGACAAUGUUCCUCUGGGGUACAAAUGGACUCCGCGUAAUUCAGUAACUGAAAUAAAAUGAAUGGAAUUUCCGAUAUGGAGGUUUCAAUAUGAAAUGCC